AUGACCAAUGAAAUCAAACUCUUCAACUCUAUAUUUACUCUCGUUAGCCUACAUGGCUUGAUUUAUUCGAAUGAAAGCAGCCAGAUCCCGGGAGGUGGAGAAGAGCAGGAGGCUAGGACAAGCGAAAGCGAGUUUUCUCUUAGUAUAGGGCUAAAACACGACGAAACUGCACCUAUCAACCACGUGGUACUGGCGAUGGGCUUACCUGUUAGAGCACCCGUUGGCUCUUGCGUCUUAUUUGUUCCGGUCGGUAAGGUCGAGUGGGCAGAGAAGUAUGGAAAGAUGCACUGA